CCAUACAUUGAGUAUUAACCAGCUAAAACACCUUACGUUGGAAGUGGCCAUGGUUGCUGGGAAGGGUGCCCCUUUCCAGAAUUAUGAGUAUUUGAUCAGAGCGGAAAUUGAUGCUCGGAGACGCCAGAUUGCGGAUGCGAAUGACCAGCUUGAGCAGGAGAGCCACAAGGAUCUCAAGGACAAUGGAAGUCGGAAGAGGCUUCUGAUUGGGACUGGUCUUUUGCCAAGCCAAUAUCAUAGGAUGACAGAUGUCAACGACGUUGGUUCUUACACAAGAGCAUACUGGUGGGGCAUGGCCCAUUCGUGGCAGUCUAAUUUCGGCCUGGAAGGCUUUUCUGAAGUGGAGGAGACAAAAUGCCGUGCCCUUCUCUCUCCGACUUCACCACCUGUGAUGUUGCUGGAGCUGAACAGCAAGCACACUUUCAACAUGCUUGACCCAGUGCUCUGCACCGAUUUCAUGAUGAUGAUGGAUGCAUAUCACAUGCACUUGACAAGAAGUACUUCCAGGAGCCACACGCCUUUGGCCGCUGUUCUUCAGGGAGCAGGUCCUCAUCUCUGCCCUGGAGGCAACCACCAUCCAGUGGCUCCAGCUGGAGCUACACCUUUUCAGAUGGCUUCAGUGGCAGCGAAUUCUCUAUUUGCCCUCAGAAUGAAGGAGCUUUGCAUUCCCACGGUAGUUGCCAUCACCGGCAAUGCGAUUGGUGGAGGUGUUGCAGUGUCUCUCAAUGGGACAGAGAGGGUGAUUGCUCAGAACGGCUCAGCAGCCUUUGGAAACCUCAGCAGAGGUGCUUGCCCAAUCAUGAUGCUUUCCAAGCACCUUCCACAGCAUGUUGGCCUCACGGCUGCGAUUGACAUAUACCUCACAGACUCUACCUUCAGUGCCAAUGCUGUACAGAAGGCUGGGAUGGUCAGUCGCAUUGCUUCUGAUAUCAGGACUACCAAGGCGACCGCCCUUGCCAUGGCCCGAAAGUUGGCCUCAUUCCCUGGUGCUCGACUUGCAGUCAUGGUACAGCCUCCUCUUUCUGCUGAGCGGUACGAGGACGAGGCCUAUGGAAUUUACACGUGUUCACGCUUGGGCCAAAUGCACUUUCCAGGUCAAGCGAAAGCUUAGAUCCAGGUGACUCUUCCAGCAAGGCCGAUACGAUUGAAACA